AUGCAUCCCUCGAACUUCGCUCACUGGUCCCUCUCCGCAGCUCGCGACCUUACCCUCGAAGCCGCCCGCGAUGCCAGCAAUGUCCGCCGAGCCCCCACAAAGGAACUGCCCUCGGGCCAGCUCAAGAAGCUCCUCGACAGCAGAUCAGAGCGCGAUGUGCUCGAAGGACUGCGCAGAAUCGUCACUAUGUCCUACCGCCAGCCGCCUUCGCAGACCCUCCCCUUCUUCUCCCACGUAAUCAAGAAUGUCGCGUCACCGUCCCUCCAGGUCAAGAAGCUCGUCUACAUCUACCUCCUCCAGCAUGCCGAACACGAACCGGAUACCGCGCUCCUCUCCAUCAAUACCAUACAGAAAUCUCUCACUGACACGAACCCUCAACUCCGCGCCCUCGCUUUACGCGUCAUGUCCAGCAUAAGGGUGCCUGUCAUUAGCCAGAUUGUUAGCCUGGGCAUCAAGCGCGGUUCUGGCGACAUGUCGGCAUACGUGAGGAGAGCAGCAGCUCUGGCCAUACCCAAGUGCUACAGAUUGGACCCUAAUACCGAGCCGCAACUGCUCGAAUACCUCUCGACAUUAUUAGGAGACAAACAGUACUUCGUAACUGGCGCAGCAGUCUCAUCUUUCCUGGAGCUGUGUCCAGACCGUCUGGACCUCAUACACCCGCACUAUCGCUCCUUGGUACGAAAGCUAGUUGAUAUGGACGAGUGGGGGCAGUUGGCUACAUUGCGACUCAUGACGAUAUAUGCAAGAAGAUGCUUUCCGCGCCGGACAAGAAAAGUCAAGAAGGCAGCUAGUGCCAGCACGAAUAGCAAGACGAAACAAUCGACAAAAGGCUUCUACGACUCAGAAAGCGAGUCCGAUGAGGAGGAACAGGAACAGGACAUGGAAGAGGUCGCGGUGCUUGAUCCGGACCUUGAACUGCUACUGAAGGGCUGCCAAUCGCUCCUGCAAUCCCGGAAUGCGGCUGUGGUGAUAGCGGUAGCAAGAACAUACCUAUAUCUUGGUACUCCGGAGUACCUGACGCAGGCCAUCGGACCGUUGGUAUCCCUCUUGAGAUCUGCGGGUGACAUCCAGCACAUAGCACUGUACAACAUCGUACAGGUCUGUCUGACACAUCCGGAGCCAUUCGUCAAGUACUACACCCACUUCCUGGUGCGAUCGACAGACGCGCCACACAUCUGGCAGCUCAAGCUAGAGCUGCUUACUCUGAUAUUCCCUCACGCACAGUUGAGGCUGCAGAGUCUAAUCCUGGCCGAACUGAGCCAUUUCUCGCAUUCUGGCAGUUUGGAUCCCGCGCUGGUCAAGGAGUCGGUGCGUGCAAUUGGGCGAUGUUCACAAAGCCCCGCGACAAGCCCACAGACCUCGGCAAGAUGUCUGAAGUUGCUGUUGAAGCACAUUGGGUCUGCUGAUACUCACCUGGUUGCUGAGUCACUGGAGGUUAUCCGACAUCUGAUUCAACGGGACCCCAACGCUCACCGGACGACCGUAGUCCGGUUAGCAAAACACUUAGAUGCAGCGACCAGCCCUCAGGCACGAGCGAGCAUCAUAUGGCUGGUUGGAGAGUUUGCGGGCAUCGAUCCUGAGAACAACAUCGCGGCAGACGUCUUGCGCAUUCUUGUCAAAGGCUUUGCGGAUGAAGCUGAGCCGGCAAAACUUCAAAUCGUGUUACUGGCAGCAAAGGUCUAUGUACAUCACUUGGCCGCAAACCCGCCUCCAGAGCCAAAAGAAGAAGAGCCUAAACCGAGUCCAUCACUGAUGGAUGACUUCCAGGAAGACCAGGGCGGCUUUAGGGACGAACAUCUUGAGUCGGCUCCACAAAACGAGGAGCCUCAAGAGGAGAAGCCACACAUUAUCGAGGCACUAUACAAUUAUGUACUCCUACUCGUGAGGUACGAUACUUCGUAUGAUCUCCGCGACCGCGCCCGCGUGUACAAGGCGCUUUUGGCGACACCAACGUCGACACAACUCGCGUCGCUCCUACUUCUCGCACCGAAACCAGUACCACACAUUCCAAGUCCAAGUGAAACAAGGAAAGGUUACGUGCUCGGCAGUGCCAGCCUUGUUAUCGGCGACGAAGGCGGCGUCGGUGGUCUGCGAGGCUAUGAAGAUCUGCCUCGCUGGGUCAAAGAGGGGAACGAACCAGAUCCGGCUCUGCGCGAUGAGGCCAUCUCAAACUCUUCUUCAACAUACGUUUCCGCCUACGAGACUGCGAAGAACAUGUCUGCAGCAGAAAGGCUAGACGCUGCAGCCGGUGGUAGUAGCAGGAUGACACCUGACAGCAUGUUGAGUCCGCGAAGUCUAAAUGGCAUGGGUGGAAAUUCCAGUCUUGGCGGAGCGAGUAAGGCGCCGCAAAAAGAGAAGACGCUCGACGACUGGCUUGCAGAAGAAGAGGAGGAGAGUGGCAGUGAAGAGGAAACCGACGAGGAAGAAGAGACAGAGGAGGAGAGCGAGUACGAAACAGACAGUGAAGAAGAGACUGAUGAUGACGACGACGAAAGAGGUAAUCUCAUCAAGUAG